GAUCGAGACGGCACUUGAGUGCGGACGUGUGGUGCGCUUGGACUUGCGAUUUCCUUCUGUGUUGCUUUGCGGUGUCGUCGCCUCGUCGUGCCUUCCGGAGCGUGGAUCCCUUGGAUUUUUGCGGUCGUUGUGCAAGUGCACGGCAGUCACGUACAGCCGUUGCAGCAAAACAAAAAAACAAAAAAACUAAAAAAACAUAGGAACAGACUAGCGAACAACCGCCAGAAAUAACCAAAUCAAUGUGGCAAAUAGUGUACUUUCGAUGCGCGCUCGUUGAUUGAUUAACACAUCACCUCCCACACACACUGCAAGUACCCUGUACCCAAUACUCACUUACCUGUGGGCUGCAAUCCGCUGCAAUUGCAAUUGCGCGGUGUGCAUCAUCAGCGGAGAACGUUAAAAAUCGUUGAAAGUGCCGCGACUGCAUUGUUUUGACUUUGAUCGUGUGUCGUGGUCUCCGCUUCUCGACCCCCCACCCCCCACACCACCCCUUCGCCGAAGCGCGUGCGUGCUGUAACUUUUGAUUAGCUCCGGUGUCGGUCUUGGAUUUGGAUUUUAACUCGGAUUCCGAUUCGGAUCUUCCAGUGCGCCUGCGAUUUUCGUAACUUAUCGCCGCCCACAUCUCGCCCUGGCAUUCGUUCUCCUCCUUCAGAGUCAACCGUUGGCAGCUGAGAUGUGCGUCCAAUUUGUGGCAAAAUUAAUUAUAUAAUUUCAAAACACCGCCAAAAUCCCUCUGAAAAUCAAUUGCACAAAAGAAGAGAAAGAGAAGCGCUUGAAUAGACACGCCACGCGGUGCUAAUGCGAAAGGAAACUCCCCGACAAUCGCCGCAAAUUGUAAAGAAAUAAAUUAUAAAAUACAAAAUGUCUAUAAAUAAUACAAGACAUUCGCCAUUCGGAUUUCGAUUCCGAUUCGCCCUGCUGGUGCUCGCCGCCUGGUGCUGCUACCUCGGAAACUUCGGAUCGGAGGCCCAUGUGGCCCUCACCUAUCCACCUGCCCGCAAAUUCGAUCUGGACUUUUUGGACAAUGCGCGGACGAAGGCGCCUUGUGGCAUGCCCAAAGGCUCCAUCCGUACCUCGCUGCUCUCCGGAACGCAGUUCAACGUCACCUGGCAUCUGGCCUAUGCGCACAAGGGCGGCUUUCGGUUGCAACUACUGGAUGCCCUCGAUCGACCUGUUUUGGACCUAACACCACAUGUGAAUAACUCGGAAUUCGUGAGCACGGACGUCACCGCUCAAUCCUACCAGGUGAACAUACCUAAGGACUUUGAGUGCUUUAACUGCACACUUAGGCUGCUCCGGCAGGCCGAUGAGUGGUCCACCAGCUAUCGCUUUUGGUCCUGCGCCGAUGUGGAUAUCAAGCAGCGCAAGGACUUCAAGGAGACCUGUUCCGGCAAUGGCAAGUACUUCCCCUCGCGAUGCAAGUGCGACAAGAACUUCUACGGCCCGCAGUGCCAGUACAAGGAUGAGUGCUCCGUCGACUCCGAUUGCGGUGUCCAGGGCAAGUGCGUGGAGCACGGGGGAAGCUCGCUGCCCAAGAAGCAGUGCUACUGCAACUUUGGCUGGUUCGGAAUCGGAUGCAACAAGCGAUCGCCCUACAAGACCACCAGCCUUGACCUCUCCGCUUAUGCCAAAAAGGAGCUCUCGCCCGACUACCACGUUUACUGGAGGCUGCUCGAGGAGCAGAAGGAGAUCGAAAUGGUGCUCAAGGUCAACAGCACUUCAUGGGUGGGAUUGGGUUGGAGGCCGCGUGGAAUGACGCCGGAGUGCAGGAACUUCCCGCUAGUGCGUGACAUUGGAGAUCUGACCACAACGGUAGAGGGCCCAGCUCCGGAGCCCAAAAGCGAGCCGGAGCCAAAGAGCGAACCGGAACCGAAGAGCGAACCGGAACCCAAAAGCGAACCGGAACCCAAGAGUGAACCAGAGCCCAAGAGUGAGCCGGAACCCAAAAGCGAGCCGGAACCCAAGAGCGAACCGGAACCCAAGAGUGAGCCGGAACCUAAGAGCGAACCGGAACCUAAGAGUGAACCGGAACCUAAGAGUGAGCCUGAACCCAAGAGCGAACCGGAGCCCAAAAGCGAACCUGAGCCCAAGAGCGAACCGGAACCUAAGAGCGAACCAGAGCCUAAAAAGUUAGCCGAACUGAGAGCCGCACCGGAAACAAAGAGCGAGCCCGAACCCAAAAGUGAACCGGAACCAAAAAGCGAACCGGAACCAAAGAGUGAACCCGAACCGAAGAGCGAGCCGGAACCGAAGAGUGAACCAGAGCCCAAGAGCGAACCGGAACCUAAGAGCGAACCGGAACCCAAGAGCGAGCCAGAGCCCAAGAGCGAGCCGGAGCCCAAGAGCGAACCGGAACCAAAGAGCGAACCGGAACCGAAGAGUGAGCCAGAACCUAAGAGCGAACCUGAGCCCACUAGCGAACCGGUACCCACCAGCAAACCUGAACCAGUAAGCGAACCUGAGCCCACAAGUGAACCGGAGCCAACUACCGAAGCAGAACCCAGGAGCGAACCGGAACCCAAGAGUGAACCGGAGCCAAAGAGCGAACCGGAAGCGCAAGGCACAAAAUCGAAGAGAGUUGCCGGAGACUUCACCCAAAAGCAAGGUGUCUCCUCCGUUUCCACCAGUGUUUCCUAUCGCGUCAGCACCAAAGCAGAUCGUCAACGCCGUGAAGCAGAGUCACCAAAAUACCGACUGAAUCCGUACACACCACGACAUGACUUCAACCCAAUGGACUGCACGGACAUCGUGAUCGGAUCAGCUCGAGGAAUGGCCAGCAGGGUGGGUGACUACUACUCCCGUGACCGAUCAACACCGCGCACCGACGAUUUCUGGGGCGGCAAGUCAAACCUGGCUUUGGGUACGGGCUUUGAGGAGAACGGCGUGACCACGAUCAUCUUCCGGAAGAAACUGGUGGCCGACGAGCCCACUGAUCACACCCUCGACGAUGCCCUGACCCAUGUGAUUUGGGCCAGGGGCCAGGAGCCGAAGGAAUAUGUUCACGUGCCAGCCUCCGGUCUGGAGACACAACCCUCAAGCUUCAAGGACUUCUAUCAGCCAGAUGAACUAAAGUACCAUGGACACCAAAUGCAACGCGGUGUAACCCAGAUCAACUUCUUUGAAAAGGACAAGCCAGCCGCGAGCACAGACCGUAACGACUUGGGCACCAAUGUCCUGGACAACGAUUGCUUCGGCCACUGGAAGUAUCCGUCCAGCUGCUCUCCCCAGGAGCACACCUGCGAGUACUACGCCAGCUGGGAGACGGUCGGAAAGGGCGACGAGAUGCGUUGGCACAUUGAAACGUCGAACACGCAGACCUGGACGGGAAUUGGUUUCAGCGAGGACCAGAGAAUGUCGCAGACGGACGCGAUCAUUGGCUGGGUGGACGGACGCAGUGGAAGACCAUUCCUCAUGGACACCUGGGUGCUGGGUUACGCUCCACCGAAGCUGGACGAUCGUCAGGACAUCUACAACGCCUCCGGACGCAUCGAGAAGGGCGUGACCAUUCUGGAGUUCAAUCGCAAGCGGGUUAGCAAUGACGAACAGGAUUUGUCCUUCACGGACGACCACUGCCUGUAUCUGUUCUUCCCGGUCCUGGGCGGUGCCUUCAAUGUGGUCAACAAGAAGAUACGCAAGCAUGAGCAAGUUCCUCCAGUCUCUGCGCAACGUGUCUGCAUCAAGUCCUGUGGCAAGGAACUAGAAUCCGUGUUUGUGGGCACCAGCACACCGGCUCCCAACCGACUGGUCUACGCCGUGGCCGUAAAACUGAUGAACCUAGCCGAAUCCUUUGAAGCUCCGAAGCCGGGAACCGUAGAGUUCAAUAACCUGGCGGCCACCAUAUCGGAUUCGUUCAAUGGCAUCCUAAGUCCUUUGACUGGUUACUAUAAAACUGAGAUUCUGGGUUUCGAAAAAGAGGGCAGCACGAUGGUAGCCAAGGUUCAGGCCAUGUUUGACAAGGCGGACGUGGAAAAGAUGCACGAUUUAGAGACCAACACGGUGGAUAAAUCUGGUGAGGCAGCAGCUCAAAAGAACGCUGCAGCGAUUCGAUCGGCCCUGAAGGACCAAAUUGCCACCGGUCGAGUGGGUUCACUGACGGUGGAUCCCCAGUACUUAGACUUUGAGGCAUUGGAAUACAAGAGCUCGUCAGAGCCCAAUGCUAAGGAGACCCUGCUUUCCUUCUUCGACCUCUCCGAGACACGAUUGUACAUCGUACUGGGUCUAAUUGCAGCCUUGGUGCUCAUCGCCUUGAUUCAGGCCUUUUGCACGAUUUGGAAGACGUCAAGAAAGAGCAAGAACACUAAGGAGAAACUGAUCCAAAACUCACCCUGGAAGGAGUUUGCCUCGAACACCAACUACGCCUUUGAUCCCUAUGGCGAAACGGAGGAGAAGAACGCUACCAACAGCACGUCGACCAAGGAGAAGGGGCGCCACCGCCAUCAGUCGACCACGAGCAGCCAGCAGACCACGCUUCCGAUGUCCCAUUCGCCCACCAGCAAGUCCCAGAUGUACUACGAGAGUCCCAAUGGUCAGGGCAAGAACGGCGCCCAUGCAAACGGCAGUCGCACCAAUGGACGAGCCACCCAGGAGAGCAGCGUGGGCGGAGCAGGAGGAGCACCUGGUGGAGCAGCUGGAGGAGCACCCUACUCCCGCAGCUCGUACGCGGAGCGAGCAUACUCCCUGCCCCGUCAGGCGCAUCACUACCAACAGAGCCCGGCCAGCAUGCAGCCGUCGGGUUACUACACCCACGACAGGCGUGCCGCUCGCCAAGGCAGCCGGGAUAGGGAGCGAGAGCGGGAGAGGGAGAGGGAGGAGGAGCGGCGCCCGCGCCAGGACCGCGAUCGCGACUCUGGGUACGAUCGGUCGCGGGAUGAUCCGCGACAGAACGGUGGAUCCGACACGCCCGACUUCUACUUCAUGCCCUCGCAGCGCAAGUAUUCCGGGGAGGUAGUGCGCGUCUACGUGGACUACAACAAGGACCCAAAGCACUAAAGCUCAAAAAACACAUAUGUUUAUUUAAAGCUCGUUUUAAGUUCUACCAUCUGUACUCCGUCCAUCUGUUUAAGCGUCCGUUUCGAGUCACAGAAAAAGAAAUUUGAUUUGGUAUCUUUUUAAAAUAGGGCACUAGUGUUUAAAAACCCCUUAUAAAAACUUAAAAAGUAUGCAACACUAUGUUUUGAAUCCGGAAGUCUGAAGGUUGCACUCCAAAAGAAAUUUUUACUGCAUACUUUUAGACACCAUUGUAAGAGAUUUCUAAAUUUCUACGCUAACAUCACAUAUUAUACUUUUGAAUUGUCCUUUUUGAUUAUGUCAAAAUUGUCUUUUCGAACUUGGAAUUGAAUUAAACAUUUUUUAUAAAAACAUUAAUGUUCAAUAAUAUUAAACUAAAAAUCCACAUAUUUUGAGCUAAAUGAAUUUGAGCUAAUAUCAAACAAAUAAUUCCAGGUACGAAUUAAUUUAAAAAAGAUCCAAUCGAACUCGAUCAAACAUUCUGUGCACUCUUGUUUCCUCCUCUCCUUAGUUUCGAUUUUGCCAUAAAGCAGUUCCGCUGCAGCGGCGUUUCCAGGUGCGCAAGCUUUACCACAAAACGCACAACGCAUGAUUCCACAACUUAGUGAAUUGUAUAUAUUUUACAUAGCCAUUAAAGCUCUUACAAAAAGAAACAAAACAAAGCCACACAAAUCACACAAAUUAUUAAGCAAACUUUGCAAUUAGGUACGUGCAUUCAGAAUGUUUUCGCAUUGUUUUAUCUUAUAUGUGCAAAGAAACAUAGUCACUGUAUUUAAUCAAAUUAAAUAUACGCAUUAA